UGGAAUUCGGAACUCGGGGCGAAUUCCGUUUCCGUUCGCCGAUUCUGCGCGAAAACCUGUGUUAGUGUGUGAGAGAGUGAGAGUUUAGAACAGCCUCUCUGACUCGAACAGGGCACGGAUUCAGCCCCACCAUGGCCAGUUCCCCCCAGAAGUCUCCCUCCACUCCUAAAUCCCCCGUUCCCAAAUCCCCUUCCUCCAGAAAGGACGAAUCUUUCUUGGGCAAACUGGGCGGAACUCUCGCCAGAAGGAAGAAAGCCAAAGAAGUAUCCGAGUUGCAGGAGGAAGGGAAGAACGCCAUCAAUCUGCCUCUCAGCCCCAUCGCCAUCGAGCUGGACCGUGAGGACACAGUGCUGGAGGAGAAUGAGGUACGAACGAUGCUCGACCCCAACUCGAGGAACGACACCAAGCUGCAGGAGCUGAUCAAGGUUUUCAUCGACUGGAUUAAUGAUGAGCUGGUAGAAGAGAGGAUCAUUGUGAAGGAUUUAGCUGAAGAUCUUUACGAUGGUCAAGUCCUACAGAAGCUCUUUGAGAAGCUGGAGGGGGAGAAAUUAAACGUGGCCGAGGUGACACAGUCUGAGAUCGCCCAGAAACAGAAACUACAGACGGUCCUGGAGAAGAUCAAUGAAACCCUGAAGCUUCCGCCACGGAGCAUCAAGUGGACGGUGGACAGUGUUCACAUGAAGAGUCUGGUGGCGAUCCUUCACCUGCUGGUCGCUGUUUCUCAGUACUUCAGAGCGCCCAUUCGGCUCCCCGAUCACGUCUCCGUCCAAGUCGUAGUUGUCCAGAAAAGGGAAGGAAUUCUCCAGUCCCGGCACAUUCAAGAGGAAAUCACGGGCAAUAUCGAGGCCUUGUCGGGGAGACACGAGCGAGAUGCUUUCGACACGCUCUUCGAUCAUGCUCCAGACAAGCUCAACGUCGUCAAAAAGACGCUGAUCACGUUUGUCAAUAAACACCUGAACAAACUGAACCUGGAGGUUACUGAGCUGGAAACCCAGUUUGCCGAUGGAGUCUAUCUCGUGUUACUCAUGGGCCUUGUGGAGAACUACUUCAUACCUCUGCACAACUUCUUCCUCACCCCGGACAGCUUUGAGCACAAGGUCCACAAUGUGUCUUUUGCCUUUGAACUCAUGCAAGAUGGGGGUCUGGAGAAGCCCAAGCCUCGAUCAGAAGAUAUCGUGAACUGUGACCUGAAGUCCACACUGCGCGUGCUCUACAACCUGUUCACUAAGUACAGGAAUGUGGAAUAAAACGGAAGCUAGUGCUUCGUCGUCCAGAGGACUCGGCAAACGUUCAGCCACGCUCACGGAGCCCCAACUCAAGCACCGACCUGGAAAAGACAAUCACCAUCUUGCCGAAGCCAUCGACGAGUCACGUUUUGGGGUUCCUGUCAGCUGCAAGAACGUCUAGAAUCUAUUUUCGAUAUAUGUAUAAAUAUAAAACAAGCAAGCACUUGAGUCAUAAAGAGCAGAAGUGAUGACACCAAUAUCUUAAUGAUUAAAAUGUAGAUUGUACUCGUGUUAAAUGCAAUUUGGUUGUUAAAGAGACUCUUCCCAGGAAGAAGGAAAUGAGAUUUCCAAACAUGCUAGAGUUACAAGUACCAAAGAGCUGUGUAGAUUGGACAAGUUGUUCAGUUUCAGGGUUAAGCCCCUGAAUAUUUUUGUGAUUCAGCUAAUUAGUAUCGCGUUUUCAGAGUUUUAGUUGACAGUACAAUGUCAGUCAGGUCUUGGAGGCGGUACAACAAGUCAAUUUGCUGAUGGUUUAUAAAGAGCGGCUGUCUUGAAUCUACAGCAACUUCUCCCAGCAGCAGCAGGGGUAGUUCCUCAGAACACAGAAUGGGGAAUAGUUACAUGUAAAAAUAAAUGUGCAAAAUGUGCACCUCAAUCAUGUAAUGUAGGCUUCAAUAUGAAGACAAAAGAGGAUGUUGGCUGUAAGCCUUAUUGACAGAAUUAUCCAAUUAUCCGUGCCCUAAUUACCUGACCAUUGUCUCUAUAUGCUACCUUAUUUUUAUGUUUGGAUUGUACCUCUUUAAAAUAAAUGUUGUUAAACAAA